AUGGCUACAACAUUCCCGCAGGGCCAAGCGUUCCAGAACCUUGCCGCAGCGCACCUCCACAACAAGGACUUCGCCACGGCAGAAAGAGCUGCGCGAGCAGCCAGGGACAUCUGCCGCAAAGAUGGGAAGUGGCAGGGUGACGCUGCAGGCAUCCUGUCCAUGGCAGAGGUCCUCCUCGCAGAGGCGAAGGUUGACGACGCAGUCGAUCUCGCCAAGGAGGCGCAGUCGCUGUACAGCGAGCACAGUGACCGCCGCGGCGAGGCAAAGGCGCUGAACUUUGCCACGGGCCCAGCAGCUUCUUUGGAUCAUUAG